AUGGAUGCCAGUUGGGUGGGUGGAAGACGUAGUGUUCAGUCUGUGGAUCAGCUCUCGUAUAUACGAUCGAGCAUUGCGGAAGAAGAAGAGAAUGAAAGGGUUAUUCACACUCCAAUGCGAAAGGCUGACGAGGAUGAAGUAGGAGGAAAUGGACUAGCACUCCGACCCGGUAACGUCCCAAACUUAUAUCAUUGGCGUCAUAUCGGAUUGCUAGUGCAAUAUGCAGCUGUAGGCAUGUUGUACGGUGGACUGCCUCGCACGGUGUACCCAUUUUUGAAUAACUAUCUGCACUUAGACGGCUAUCAGACGCUCUCGGCACGUGUGUUGCUUUCACUGCCUUGGUCGUUCAAAGUGAUGAUUGGAAUUGUGUCGGAUUGUUUUCCCAUCUUACGCUCUCGUCGUCGUGCUUACAUGGUUGUGGGGUGGCUAUUGUGUUCGAGUAUGCUGCUAAUUCUUGUUUUCGUGAACCAAGAGCCACCAUUCUACAUCGACUCAAGUCUACGAGGCAAAGACCUCUCGAAGUUAUCGCCUGAUGAGCUUAAAGACCGAGUCAACUGGCAGGCACCAAGCUCGGGAUCUCUUUACAUUGUGUUGAUGAUGCUAGCAAGUUUGGGUUACAUGAUCGCCGAUGUGGCUUCCGAUGGUCUUGUGGUGGAAUUUGCACAGCGUGAGCCAGAAAACAUUCGUGGUAACAUUCAGUCUACUGUCUACCUCGUGCGCAGUGUUGCAAUGAUUUUUGCAGCGUUACUUGUUGGGUUCGGCCUAAAUAGCGAAGACUAUGGAGGAUCGUUCUCGUGGUCGUUUACCAUGAGCCAGCUCAUGCUGAUCUUUUCUUUGCUGAGUUUGACAGCGAUCCCUGCUGCGCUAUGGCUGGUACAGGAACCGUCACUAGGUGACCGUGUACCGUGUUUUGGUGAGUACAUGCGUGGUCUAUGGGUGCUGAUCCAGAACUCCGCCGUAGUUCAAAUCUUGGCUUAUCGAUUUUUCAGUGGGAUCUUUGAUGGCUUUACGAUCACUGCAGGUGACCCAAUUCAGCGAUACUGGGCUCAAGUACACCCGCUUAACGAGAGUUUGUUCUCCGUGCUCGGGCUUGCCGUUUUCAGUGCAGCACUGUAUUUAACGAAGCGCAUUGGGUUGAAUUGGUGCUGGCGAAGCGUCAUUGCAUGGACGACUGUCUCGGUGAUUGUUCUGGAUGCGAUCGUGGGAAUGUUGACCGUUUGGGACGUGGUGCGUAGCCAGUGGUUCUGGUUGGGCACACCAAUUUUGGAGGAGCUACCGCAAGCUAUGAAUUUUCUUAUCUCGACAUUUGUCGUAGUGGAGCUAGCUGAGCUUGGCAAUGAAGCUGCUGUGUAUGGAUUGCUGACUACUAUAAGCAAUUUGUCUAGUCCAUUUUCCUCUUGCAUCUCCAAGAAUGUCAAUGCGCUGUUUGACGUGAGCGUGACGGACAUCAUUCAAGACUCAAAACAUGUGCGUUGGCAAGUUACUUGGACGUUUGUUAUUGCGUAUAUUAUGAAACUACUGUCACUUGCGUGGCUCCCAUUGCUUCCACGUCAGAAGCGAGAGACUCAAGAGCUUAAGCGACAUGCCCGUUCGUGGUUUUGGGGAGGUAUUGCAAGUAUCUCUAUCUUUACUUUUGCACUAUUGUGGUCUGUGAUUACCAAUCUUUUUUCAAUCUUUCCAAGCACGGCGUGUCUCGUUCUUGCUGGUGGCUCCGGGUGCAAGUAG